AUGUCUUUGGUUAACACAGUAUUAUUUCGCAAGCUGUCAUCCUCUGCAAGGAUUUUUCACCACCUGAAGAAAAAUUUUUUUUCAGUCACUGCAUGUAACGGGCAGAAAAAUGACGAACACGUCAUGCACGUCUUCGACAGGAACACCAAGAGUUUGCAGAGGGAACGAGCGGCCUCUGCUCAAGACGCAAACGUUUAUGACUACCUCAAAGACGAAAUCGGCUACCGACUAGCAGACAGGAUUUUUGAUAUCAAACGAAAAUUUAAACUUGCUGCAGACAUAGGGUGCAGUAGGGGCCACGUGUCCAAACAUAUAUCGCCAAAAUGCGUAGAAGAACUGAUCUUAUGUGAUAUGAACCGCUUUAACUUAGAUAGUUUCCAAGUACAAAAAGGCAUUAAAGUCAAGAAGCACAUCCUGGAUGAGGAGAAUAUUGAGUUUGAGCCAAACUCACUAGACCUUGUCAUAUCCAGCCUAAGCCUCCACUGGGUGAACGACCUCCCCAGAGCUUUCAAACAAAUCUUAGACUCCCUCAAGCAAGAUGGCGUCCUUCUAGCGGCGGUUUUCGGUGGAGACACCCUGUAUGAGCUCCGGUCCUCACUUCAGCUAGCUGAGUUGGAGCGUCGCGGUGGCCUCUCCCCUCACAUAUCCCCUUUCACUGAAGUCAGGGACAUAGGAAAUUUGCUCACCAGAGCUGGUUUUACCAUGCUCACUAUCGACACUGACGAGAUCGUCGUGACUUACCCCAGCCUCUUUGAGCUGAUGUGGGACCUCAAAGGUAUGGCUGAAAGUAACGCGGCUUUAAAUCGGUCGCUUCAUUUGCAUAGGGAGACUCAGUUUGCGGCGGCUGCGAUUUAUCAACAACUGUACGGAAAGGCGGACCCGGAAACGGGGAAAGUGUCAAUUCCAGCCACGUUUCAGAUAAUAAAUAUGUUGGGGUGGAAGCCUCAUCCAAAACAACCUAAGCCAAUGGAAAGAGGAACAGGCGAGGUGUCGCUCAAAGAUCUCUAUCGAUUAGACGAAAUUAUUAAGGACGUUAAGAAGCUGAAAGACGACGACGAUCAAAAGAAUUGAGUCGCUGAAGUUUGUAUAGUAAUUAGUGUGUAUAUUUUGCGUUUGGAUUUGUAUAUUUUAUUAAAGUGUUGAAAUGA